UCUAAUCUCCAUUUCUGUCGAUUUGCCUUCUUCUCCCGCUCUCUCUCUGGACGAACGAAAAAGAACUACAAAAAUCGCAAGAAACACAACUCGAAUCUGCCACUUCCUCAUUCCCUUCUUCGUCUUCUUCUUUCCCCAUCUAAUCCCGUUAUCCAUCCAUUUGUUCGUUCUUUAACCCCUUCCGAUCUGUCCUAUUCCUCUCUCUUCCUCCAUGGUAACGACAAUAAUGAGAGAAGGAAAACCGACGGCUAUGGAUCGCCGGCGAAAGGAAAGAGGGCGAACGACUCCGACGAUGAUGGGAAUCACGGUGGCGAAGGCCUUUUGGGGAUGUUUGACCGUGGAAGGAAGGGAGGAGAAGAAAUAAAGAGUCACCGGCGCUCUGGCUCCGCCGGCGAUGAGGGAAAACCCAGAAAGCGACUACUGGGGGUUCCCGCUUGCAGCUGUGGGGAGAAGGAAGAAUAAGAAGCAGAGCCAAGCCUCACCCUUUUGUUCUCGUGGGGAGGAAGAAAGGAAAGAGGAAGAUGUUGUCUGCUGUGGGAAAGGAAGAAGAGUGAAAAAAACAGUAUGGAAGAAGAAGAGCUCUCCCCCCCCUUAUUCAGAAGAGUGGAGUGUUUUUUAUAGGAGAGUCAACUUGUUACCCAAGUCUGGAACAGUGUCGGGUUUGAGUCGGACCGGUCUGAGUUGGGUCGGACCGAUAUGGGUUUGGUCAGACCUGUUUGUUCUCUGACCGGCUUGACUUUGUUGACUGGGGCUGGACUGAGUUGACUUGGGCUUAGGCUUUGAUCCCUUGUAAUAAAAUUUGUAAUUUGUAAUCUUUGUUUAAUGAAAGGGUCUAUGUAAUUGUAACUGAUUACUAGUCAUAGUUAUAAUUGUUAUUUAGUAAUCAAAACUUAUGUUAAGGGUAAUUUCUGUUUAA